AGCGUUAAACGAGGAGGAAACUUCCCCCUUCUCGCCACACGCACGUUUCAUUUCAGUUCUUGCUUCCGGUUCAUCAUGGCGGCAUCCAUGGCUUCACAGGUGCUACUGAGAGGACUACGUAGAGCUAGCACUAAAUUCUUACUUCUCGAGAAGAGCAAGUUGACGAGGGUGAACCCUAUAAGAUGGCUGAACCUGCAGGAGUACCAGAGCAAGAAGCUGAUGCAGGACAGUGGGGUGGCGGUGCAGCGUUUCUUCGUCGCAGACACGCCCGCCGAUGCCCUGGAAGCAGCCAAAAGACUGAACGCCAAGGAGAUCGUGUUAAAGGCACAGAUCCUCGCGGGGGGGCGAGGGAAGGGCGUGUUCGACAGCGGCCUUAAAGGAGGGGUGCACUUAACGAAAGACCCUGCUGUUGUUGGGGACCUGGCCAGUAAGAUGCUGGGAUAUAACCUGACCACCAAGCAGACCCCAAAGGAAGGAGUCAAAGUUAAAACAGUGAUGGUGGCUGAGGCCCUGGACAUCACCAGAGAGACGUAUUUCGCCAUCCUCAUGGACCGGGCCUGCAACGGGCCCGUCAUGGUGGGCAGUCCCCAGGGCGGGAUGGACAUCGAGGAGGUGGCGGCCAAGACACCCGAGCUCAUUUUCAAGGAAGUCAUAGAUAUUUUUGAAGGGGUGCAAGACGAUCAGGCAGUUCGCAUGGCAGCUAAUUUGGGUUUCAAAGGACCUCUGGAGCGACAGGCAGCAGAUCAGAUUAAGAGACUCUAUGAUCUCUUCCUGAAAGUCGACGCAACUCAAGUUGAAGUCAAUCCCCUUGGUGAAACUCCCGAAGGACAAGUUGUUUGCUUUGACGCCAAAAUAAACUUCGAUGAUAACGCGGAGUUUCGGCAGAAAGACGUCUUUGCGAUGGAUGACAUGACGGAGAGCGAUCCCACCGAAACCGAAGCGGCCAAAUACGACCUCAAGUACAUCGGAAUGGACGGAAACAUCGCGUGCUUUGUGAAUGGCGCCGGUCUCGCCAUGGCGACGUGCGACAUCAUCGACCUGCACGGAGGAAAGCCUGCUAACUUCCUGGACUUGGGAGGGGGCGUGAAGGAGAGCCAGGUGUACCAGGCGUUCAAGCUGCUCACCGCAGAUCCCAAGGUGGAGGCCAUCUUGGUGAACAUAUUUGGGGGAAUUGUGAACUGCGCCAUCAUCGCCAACGGCAUCACCAAGGCGUGCCGCGAGCUGGAGCUGAAGGUGCCCCUCGUGGUCCGCCUGGAAGGUGGGUACAGGGGGCGGGCGUCGCUGAGGCGCCGGGGCCGUUCUGCGCCCCCUUCAGGACGAGCAGAGAAUGCGGUUGGCUUGGCAUUUGCCAGAUCGAGGCAAGCAGUGUCAGGUUAUGGAUUACAUGUAGCGUUUGUGCUCAUCACAAUGGAGAGCGGGGAACUCGACGCGCUCCCUCACUCUAUUCGGUUUCUCACUAGCGCGGACAUCAGCCUGUCUGCUCUCUCCCGACGCGCGUCUGGAUCCCAGAGCCGCUGCUUGUCACUCGCGUCACGUCCGGAGCGCGGGGUGCUGAGGACGGCGGCUUGGGGGACCCCUCACCUGCGCGCUCUAAUGAGGUGCCACGGCCCCGGCUUUGGGGCGCCCGUCCCGUCCCAUCUGGUCAUUAGGAUAAUUGGCAGAAAACAGCUGACUCCUUUGUCCUGGGAGAGUCCAGGAAACCUCGACUUCAUUAGUUUACAGUGCAUCGUUUGUUCAGCAAUGCGCUGACUUUUUCGGGGCUAC